UUGAGCAAAAGGAGGAAGAUUUCUGUCAUUUAGGGCUCUCUUGCUCUUAAAGGAAAGCAUAGAAAUAAUGAAAACGGCAAUGUAUCAGAAAAUAAUUAAAAUCUAGAAGUUAGGCACAGAAAAUCUGAGGCAAAAGAAAAUGAGCGUUCAAAUAGAUCAGAGCGGCAACAGCACCGAGAAACCGACAGAGGAGGACCAAGGAUUUGCGCUUAUCAAAGUCGGAGUUCUGGGAUUGAUUUUCGUGUUUGCCACAUGUGGGAAUAUAUUCCUUUUAGGCACACUUUGGAAGAAGCGAAAGAGAAACACAAGAACACAUCUGUUCCUGCUGCACUUGUGCUUGGCGGAUCUGGUGGUCGCCUUCUUCCAAGUCUUACCGCAGCUCUCCAUUGAAAUUACGCACAGGUUCAGAGGCACCGACUUUGUGUGCCGGUGUGUGAAAUACCUGCAGGUUGUGGGUAUGUUUGCCUCCACAUACAUGAUAGUGGCCAUGACCAUAGACCGCUACCAUGCCGUGUGCAGGCCGAUGGUUUCCUUCUUCAAAGGCUCAUUUCGGAGGUAUGUCUCCAUAGGCGCAGCGUGGCUGAUCUCCCUCAUCUUCAGCACGCCUCAGCUUUUCAUCUUCUCUCUCCAAAAGGUAGAUGAGAAUCAGUACGACUGCUGGGCAAAGUUUAUUGAACCGUGGGGGAGCAGGAUAUACAUCAGCUGGAUCACCUUGUCAGUGUUCGCACUCCCUGCCUUCAUCUUACUCUACUGCCAAAUACGAAUAUGCACAAGCAUCUACUCCAACGUGAAAAGGAAGGCGCAGCAGGCGGGACGCACCGGAGCCAAGGGGGUGUCCAGUGCUAUGCUGAAGACGGUGAAAAUGACAUUUGUCAUUAUAAUGGCAUACACCGUCUGCUGGAGCCCGUUCUUUGUGGUCCAGCUGUGGUCGGCCUGGAGCCCGGGCAGCGCGCCGACAAAAGGUCCAGUGUUUGUCAUCAUCAUGUUGCUUGCCAGUCUCAACAGCUGCACCAACCCAUGGAUAUACCUCUACUACAGCUAAAUAAAAGCCUCAACUGCAUCCACCAAAACAGAUGUAAUGCACAAGUC